UACUCAAUAAAUUCUAGUUUUAAUUCUAAUUUUAAGAUGGAAGGUGUUCAGCAAAAUAUUCACAGCAGAAUCGACUCAAAUAUAAAGAUGGAAGAAGCUCGUGGUGAAGAUUCAUGUGAAGAACCAAUAAUUGUGAUAAGUUCGUUGGAUGAAAUUAAUGCAGCGGGUAAUAGUGAACUAUUAACUACAAGACAACCCUACGGUGACACUUGCUUUCCAAGUGGAAGCAAUGGUGAAGAUGUCAUGCCAAUUCUUGAACAGAUAAUGCCUACAUCGAAUACUUUACAUACAUCAACUGGGAAAGAAUUGACAAUUAGCGAUUUAGAUAUGAAGACGGGGAAAGGGGAAAAUAAAAUAAAUAUUGCGCAAAAUAAAAGGAGAGAAGAAAGGAAAGGAAACAGACGACUAUUGAAUUUGGAUGCUAUAGCGGGUCUAAAAGAUUUGGAUGAAAAUAGUUUAUAUAUAAAAAAGGAUAGUAAUAGCACAAAGAUUUAUGAUCGUAACACUGUGCACUGCCCAAAGUGUCCGUUCCGUACACAGAGCAGACUUCGUUUAGCACCGCAUAUGGCUGGACACGAAAGGCAAGAUCAAACGAUAUUUUAG